AUGUCCUCCAAAACAACGCCAGCCAUCCCUCCAGUGGCCCUUGAUGCUAUCACCCAACACAUUGGCAACACUCCUCUCGUGAGAUUGAACAAGUUGCCGCAGAGCCUCGGAAUUAGUGCGACAGUAUAUGCGAAACUGGAAUACUUCAACGCAGGCGGGAGUGUCAAGGAUCGGAUAGCUCUUCGCAUGAUUGAAGAGGCCGAACGGUCAGGGCGCAUUAAACCAGGUGACACUUUGAUCGAACCUACCAGUGGUAAUACUGGUAUUGGAUUGGCCCUUGUCGCAGCCGUUAAGGGCUAUAAGACAAUUAUCACCCUCCCAGAAAAAAUGUCUGCCGAAAAGGUUUCUGUUUUGCGCGCACUCAAUGCCACUAUUAUCCGCACUCCUAAUGAAGCUGCAUACGAUUCGCCUGAAUCCCACAUUGGCGUUGCAAAACGCCUCGAAAAGGAACUCCCGAACGCUCAUAUUUUGGAUCAAUAUGGAAAUGAAAACAAUCCUUUAGCGCAUGAAUUCGGCACAGCGGAAGAGAUUUGGACCCAGACCAAGGGUGAAAUAAAGGCAAUUGUUGCUGGCGCAGGUACCGGUGGGACAAUCACCGGCCUUUCUCGUGGAUUGAAAAAGCAUAGUUCCAAAGUUCAAGUAAUCGCCGCGGAUCCCCAGGGGUCUGUUUUGGCUCUACCAGCGGCAUUGAACGAGGAACAUGCUAACGAAGCGUAUAAGGUUGAGGGUAUUGGAUAUGAUUUCAUCCCCCAAGUACUAGAUCGGCAUGCUGUCGACAAGUGGUAUAAGACCGACGACAAAGAAUCUUUCAAAUAUGCUCGCCGGUUGAUUGCGGAAGAGGGACUCCUUGUUGGUGGAAGCAGCGGAAGCGCAAUCGCGGCUCUCGUACAGGCUGCACGAGAUAACCAGUUCAAAACAGACGACGUUGUCGUUGUAAUCUUGCCCGACAGCAUCAGAAGCUAUCUCACCAAGUUUCAGUUCGCUGAUGACGAUUGGCUUGCCGCAAACGACCUUUUGUCAUCAUCACUUCCGACUGAAGUCACCCUUCAACCUUCCAACGAACAGCCUCAGGGACAAGAUGACGCCUUUACAGGCAACAAAGUCAGCUCACUACGACUCAAGUCAAUCACGACAGUUCAUUCCAACAUACCCUGCGAAACUGCCAUUGAAAUCAUGCGCGACAGAGGUUUCGACCAACUCCCUGUUCUCGCACCGUCGGGUAAAAGACUUGUCGGCCUCGUCACACUCGGAAAUGUUCUAAGCCGGCUGACACAUAACCGCGCAAAUGGGAAAAGCCCAGUUGCAGACGUCAUGUUCGAUUUCCGCACCAUCCCAGAGGUCGUCACUGAUCCCCGAGAUAUGGGUCUUACGAGCAUCAAGCCUAGUCAAAACGGUGGGGAUGCGCCAAAGCCACAGAUCAGAAAUCGAAAGUUCGUUGAGAUCACUCUAGAUACUCCUCUGAGUGUGCUAAAUCGCUUUUUCGAAUGGAAUAGCGCUGCUAUUGUCACCGACAAAGAUCAGAGCGGGAUCCUCAAACCUGUGGCUGUUGUCACGAAAGUUGACCUUCUUACUUGGAUGCUUCACCACAGCAAGAACGGCGCAUAAAAUAGAUUUAAUUGCAUUAGAGUGUUGUUUGUGACAGUUCUCAACGUUACCUCGUCUCUAUUAUUCAUUAUCGCUGGGGAACUCUCGAGUCUGAGAAUAGAGGAGUCGGGAAUACAUAGGGUUCAACACCAUCAAAUCACUGGCCGGAGUUUUCAUCGCAGCAUAUUUCAAUAUUUAGGAUCUAAAAUCUAAAAAUGCCGAUACGUACUCGUAAUGAUGCCAGGAUUGCAGAAUAUAAAUGGCCGGCUUCGUGGUAUUUACUUGUGCCGGUAGUUGUUUGUACAUAUAAAUUUGAUAUCUGUAAUUUCAGACACCCAGAAGACUUUGAAUGUACUAAGCAUCACAGACACUGACCGACCCAUUCUUCCCAUCUCCGCACACCGGCUCCUACAUCCUCUUCAUCGCCCUUGACAGCUCCACCCACGACUUGAACGU